AAGUCUCGGCUCCAUUGGCCGCCUCGUCCGCCCGAUCCCGCUCUUUCCACACCAGGGCGAUUAAAAACAACACAACUAGAAGUCGCAUCUUCUCUGCGGGGAUCGUGGGGGGAAGCGCUUUUCUCUGCCGGCUUGGAACAAGUUUCUGUGUGACAGUCCCCCUCCAAAAACUCCACCAAGAUGUCGAGCAAACGGGCCAAGGCAAAGACUACCAAGAAGCGCCCUCAGCGUGCGACUUCCAAUGUCUUCGCCAUGUUUGACCAGUCGCAGAUCCAGGAGUUCAAGGAGGCUUUCAAUAUGAUCGACCAAAACCGUGACGGAUUCAUAGACAAGGAAGAUCUGCAUGACAUGCUGGCAUCUCUCGGGAAGAAUCCUACUGAUGAGUACCUGGAGGGCAUGAUGAGUGAGGCACCUGGGCCCAUCAACUUCACCAUGUUCCUCACCAUGUUUGGAGAGAAGCUGAAUGGAACUGAUCCGGAAGACGUCAUCCGCAAUGCUUUUGCUUGCUUUGAUGAGGAAGCCACAGGUUUCAUUCAUGAAGACCAAUUGCGGGAACUGCUCACCACCAUGGGUGACCGGUUCACGGACGAAGAAGUGGAUGAGAUGUAUCGAGAGGCCCCCAUUGACAAGAAAGGCAACUUCAACUAUGUGGAGUUCACCCGUAUCCUGAAGCAUGGAGCCAAAGACAAAGAUGAUUGAAACUAAGAGAUUACAAUAUGCAGUUGCCCCUGUUUAAGUCCCAUUCCCCUUACUCUUCCUCAAAGAUUCCCUGCUGCCGUGGUCAAGUUUCAGAGUGGGCUAACCCUGAAAUAUUUCAACAGAAUUAGCCCUACCUCUAAAUAAAGAAUAAGAUUUUUGCAUGUACACUCCCUCCCACCCACCCACACCCCAGUGUUGAUCCUUUACGAAGCAACUUCUCAAUUUGGAGGUCUCAUUGAAUAAGGUACUAGUGAAAUUUGUCUUUUCAAAGGAGUCUAAUUGACAGGAAAGAACCACAGCAACGCGUGGCCGGGUCAGCUAGUUGGAAAUGUUUUUGAAGAGGAAGGUAGAAGGGACACUGAAGAUGCAGCCACCUGUCUGGCAGUGUUCAGCACAUCUGUUUGACCCUUUACGUAGAAAACUGAUGCUUCUAUUAUUACCACUAUUUAUCAUUUAUACAGCACUUUAAACUUGCAGGGUGACUUCUCAUAUUUAUUGUUUUCACCACCACAACUAUUUGGGGUAAGACACUGUUAUUCCCAGCUGGGCAGACAUGUACCCAGAGCCGCACACAAUACCUACAGAGGUGAGACUUGAACCCAGCUCUUCCAGAUUCUAAACUGAACUCUAUUAUGCCAGACCAUAUCAGCCUUCCUCACUGUUUAUGUUGUACCCAUUCAAAACCCCAACAGCCUUGGGGUUGUUGUCUAUCCUGAUUUAGAUGGCCUGGUCCGUUUUGCCCUUGUGAUGCUUUGUGCACAACAAACACCUUUUCAUUUGAAGAUUGGCAGAGCACAUCCCACACACCCCACAUCUGAUUCACUUGACUUUCCCUUUGUUUUCCAUUUCACCCCAAAUUUGUGUUGCCUGUUGGGUUGUGGCACUGGUUAAAAUGAAAAUGACUGCUUCACCAAGUCAUCCUCUCUUUGGCCUCAAAUCCAGCAUUUUGUGAUUUCUUGCUGGCUACUUGAAAAAGUUGAGCAGGAAGAGCACAAAAAUUAAAAGCUCACCUAUCCACUCUACCUUGAUUUUGGAAUAACUUGCUAUCGUUAGUCCCUUCCUUUAUGAAAAAGUAUAAUUUUUUUAAUAUAGCAGAAGACCAUCUAUAACCCAUCCUGGCUAACUCCCCAGUCAAUAAAAUAAGGAUGAAGGCUGUACAGUUGUUUGUUGACAAUCAGACCAAAGAUUUUGAAACUGAAGGGGAGAAAGGAAAUUGCCUAUAAAGAGCAUAAUAUGAAUAUGUUUUGGCUUAUUAUUUAGUUUUCUUUACUGGAUGUGUUUGAAAACAGAUGUAUUCAUUAUAUAAACUUAUUAUAUCUAAAGAAUGGAACAAGAA